AUGAGUUGCCUCAAGAAUGUUCCAACCCUCAGAGGUGAUAACUACACUGAGUGGAGAAAGAAAGUUGACUUGGCUUUUGUCGAGGUGGACUGGGUUGUGGACACUCCACAGCCGGUCAAACUAGCAGAGCCAGUCAGAGGUGCAAAAGAAGAUGAUGCUGCUUGGGAGAAUAAGAAAAAGGAUCAUGCUCCAGUGGAGAUGUUAUAUUCCAUCGAAAACCAAAAGUGGGUCAAUGCCAAUAAAAAGUGCACGACUUUCAUAAAGAACACAAUUGAGAACGCUAUUGUGGGCUCAAUUGCAGAGUGUACUUCCGUAGGGGAGUUUCUUGAAAAGAUAAAGAGCCAGUUCACUGGUUCUUCAAAGAUAUAUGCUACCCAGUUGCUAAAGCAGCUGGUGACAGAAAAGUACAUAGGCGGUGGACAUGGCAUAAGAGAGCACAUCCUCAGGAUGAGCAACAUGGCAGCUAAGUUUAAACCCAUGAAUGAGGAUUUGGAGCUCAAGCCUGCACUACUUGUUCACCUGGUCAUGGCUUCACUGUCAAAAGAGUUUGACACUUUUGUUGUCAACUACAACAUGUCGCCUGGAAAACGAGACAUUGAAAAUACUAUAGCCAUGUUGUGCAAGAAGAGGAAAGACUUAAAACCUCAUAUGGUGGUUCUCUGA